AUGAACUUGUUCAUCAGCUGUCUUCUGUUCGCCUUGUUGAUGACUUGGUAUUAUGUUCGCAGACAACUCGACCCUUUGAAUUCUAUUCCAGUAGUGGGCCCUUCAUGGCCAAUCAUAUCGUAUCUUGGGGCAUUUAAGUUCGCCCGCCAUGCGAGGGCGAUGCUGCAGGAAGGAUAUAGCAAGUACAAGGGUUCUGCAUUCAGGAUCGCUAUGUUGGACCGAUGGAUUGUUAUCGUCUGUGGUGCUGAAAUGAACGAGGAGUUGCGUAAGUUUCCAGACGAUCAGAUGUCUUUCAUCAAUGCCGCCGAGGAACUUGUUCAAACGAAAUACACAAUCGCCGAAGACGUGAUUGCGCACCCAAUUCAUAUCAAUGUCAUUCGGGGACCCCUCACACGCAAUUUAGUAUCGAUAUUACCUGCCGUUAUCGACGAAAUUGACGCGGCUUGCCGGGAAUUGAUUCCAACCGAAGGAGAUGAAUGGGUAACAAUACCUGCAGUUCCUCUUAUGACCGGCGUCGUGUGUCGGGCCAGUAACCGUGUAUUCGUUGGUCUACCGAUGUGUAGAAACCGCGAGCUGCUGGAUAUUGCUAUCAAUUUCACACAAGAUGUUGCCAAAGGGCGUCGCUUAUUGAGUUUCAUCCCCGUAAUGCUGAAACCAUUUGUAGGGCCGAUGUUACCGUGGUCACGACGAGCACUUAGAAAGUUUUCUGCUAUCAUGAAACCAGUUGUCGAAGACCGCAUGCGGCAAUUAGAGAUUCACGGGAAAGAAUGGGCGGGAAAACCGAGCGACUUAGUGACAUGGCUUGCAGAAGAGGCUCAUCGUGUGGGGAAAUCAGUUGAUCUCGUCGUGCAAGCCCUGUUAGCGUCCAAUUUCGUGGCAAACCAUACCUCCACUAUUAGCGUCACACAUGCCCUGUACCAUCUGGCUGCAGCCGCAGAACAUAUUCAGCCUCUUAGAGAUGAAAUCGAGACUGCUAUAGCCGCGGAGGGAUGGACGAAAGAGGCCAUCGGCAAAAUGUGGAAACUGGACAGCUUCAUGAGGGAAUCCCAGCGAUUGAACGGAAUCAGUGGCAUCUCGGUGAUCCGACUAGCGCUAAAAGAUGUCACGCUUUCUGACGGAACUGUCAUUCCGGCUGGAACGCUCUGUGGGGCGACAGCCGAGGGGACACAUCACGACGAGGAGAACUACAAACAGCCACAUACAUUCAAUCCUUUCCGAUUUUCCGAGAAACGGUCUGAUGAAGGUGAAGGGAUAAAACACCAAUAUGUCAACACGUCCCCAGAAUAUAUCUCCUUCGGCCACGGCAAACAUGCCUGUCCGGGUCGCUUCUUUGCUGCGAGCGAACUGAAAGCCGUGAUCGCGUAUUUGGUUGUGAACUACGAUGUCAUGUUCCCGGGAGGGGGAGGGCGGCCGACAAACCAGUGGUUUGCUUCUUCAGUCAUACCCGAUCCAACUGCGAAGAUUAUGUUCCGCAGACGACGACGGAAUGACCAAUAG